GUGAUGGUGUCGCUGUUUGUGUUUCUCAGCAUCACUGCCACACCCUUCGAGUGUAGCAGCAGCAGCAGCAGCAGCAGCAGCAGCAGCAGCAUGAUGCGAGUCGCCCUGCUAGUUUUGGCUCUCACGGCAGUCUGCAAUGGCAUCCUCCCUGAGAUAGUGGAUUUAGGCAUCAGUCACAUCCUGGAGGAAAAUUCCUCCCAGGGACAAACGGAGCUGGACCGCACGUUUGUGAAAGUGGAGCAACUGCCAGAGGAUCCGCAGCAAAAGCCCGAGGAUGCGUUUCACCAAAGGAACAACGAGAGUGUAAAUGUCAGCCCUCACCCCAAUAACCUUCCUGCAAGUCAUCAUCACAAUGAAACUGCUUCUGAUAAAGUGAUUGAUAACGAAUCUGUCCACACCUCAGCAGAACAGGAGACAAACAACAUUACCACAGCCGUCCAGUCCAGUGACCUGGAGAACAAUAUUGAUUAUGGAUGCAUUGCUGAUGAGGACUGUGGGAAGGGCAGGUAUUGCCUUUAUGACAAGCGCAACUCCAAGUGUCUGCCUUGCAAAGAAAUCGAUAUGUCCUGCACUAAGGAUAAGGAGUGCUGUGGUGAGCAGCUGUGUGUAUGGGGACAGUGCAGUCUAAAUGCAGCCAAAGGAGAGGCUGGCAGCACUUGUCAAUACCAGACUGACUGCAGCCCAGACCUCUGCUGUCUUCUCCACAAAGCCCUGCUCUUCCCUGUCUGCUCGGCCAAGCCCAUUGAGCGUGAGCGCUGUUUUGGUGCCUCCAACCACCUGUUGGAGCUGUUGUCCUGGGACAGUCAGGACAAGGGACCCAGGAAGCACUGCCCCUGUGCAGGAGAUCUCCACUGCCAGCACCUGGGACGAGGGUCCAUGUGCCUUAAAGGAGAGGACUCGAGUGAAGAGGACCAGACAGACAGUCUAUACUCCGAGAUAGACUAUAUCAUCUAGACACAGCGUGACUGGAUUCACAUUGCCUUGUAAACAACUAGACAGGGGUCUCUAUUGACUCCAGAGCUUCGUCGUAAAGAACAAUAGCACUUUCUGUUUGUGAAUAUCUGUUGACUACUCACCUCACUGUUGUUGCUGCAUCACCUACAUCAUCAGCUGAUGCUAGGUUGAGUAGCAGCACUGCAUCAUCUUAAUAAAGUGAGACUAAAAUAGAACAAAGUCACCACCCAGUUUGCAGUCCCACUGCAUUUACUAUGCACCAGGUAGAAAAAAUAACCCAGAUACAAUCAGGCUUAAUGUACUGCAUGAUCAAUAAAACAGUAUCGCAGAAGCAGACAAUAAUUAAUGAUGUUUAGGCUUCCAAGACUCCCCUCAACAUUACACAUAUUCAUCUACAGGAAACACUACCAUGAGAUGUCAGCAGACUUUGGUAAAAGAUUAACAGUUGGUCAUAUUGUCAUCUAGGAAGCUCAUCUGCAUCCUUAUACAUGUCUGAUAAAAUCUCAGUUUGUUUAAGAGUAAAUCUAAUUCUAGCUGCUUUAAUAUCCUAAAGUUGUUUGUAAAGCUUUUUCCUCUUCACUUUUCCUCGUUAUUCCUGAGAAAAUGUUUUGGCAAACCUUGUUGCUUGAUCCUAGCAAUAUCUGCUCUGCUCUAAGUACUGUAAUGUUUUUGCCAAGAUCUAGGCCUCAACAUGUUUAUGGCACCGAGAUGACAUGUUAUCACAUGCACCACAAGAUGAAACACUGUCCAAUAUGCCAUGUUGUGAUUUAUUCUAUAUUGUUUUUAUGUAUGGUAUAUAUAUUUAUUAUGUAAUGUGCUUUUUCUUUCAUACAUGUACUUAAUUCUGUCACUUAUUUCAAUUGUCCAUUUUUGUCUUUUAAGCAGUAUCUCAUGUCCAGCAGCUUGUCAACAACGUAUCAGAAAAUAUUAGAUGUACGACCAAAACAGUAGCUUAUUUGACUAAACUAAUUAAACUUGAAUUCUUCUAUAGUUUAUACAUGUACAUCAUUAUAAAACUUGGACCAUGUAUGAAAAUUUAACAAAUAUCAGGAUCUAUAAAUAAUAUAACGAACCUUUAUUUUUGUAUACCUAAUUAAAUAUCACUAGUCUUGUCACUAGAUUUCUGCUUGGAGCGAUAAUCAUCUGAUGCUUUUUGAUGAUUUGAAGUGAAGUUUUCAUUUGUCAACGAGUUUUUACACCUGCAUACCUCUGUGGUACCAAACAUGCCAUUAGUCCCCAACACCUCAUGCUUGUAUGUGCUCUGUGUCUUCCAUGUACAGCAAUGUGAGUUAUCAUGUCAACAUCCAGGCAGGAAGGUAUGAUAUGAAUGCAAGCAAUACCUGAUGUACUGUAUGUAGAUAACUUUUGUACUAGCAACUUGUGCUGGAUGUUAACUUACAUGCAGCUAAAACUGUCAAAUAUAACCUCUGCACUGUUCUUUAGCACUUAAAACCUGACAUGCAGCUUGUACAACUCUUGCCCUAAAAAUAAAAGUUUUUUUUAACACCAAAGCCCCUUUUUCUUAAAAAAGGUGAGUAGGAUGUAUGAGUUAAAUUAAGCCAUUUUAAUUUAAAGACAGAAAACUGCAGUUAUGAAAAAAAAAAAAAGCAUUUUUAAUUAAUUUCUAAAAUCAUCUUAAACUAUUUUCACACAGGAUUUAAAUCUCAAAGAAAUAAACACAAAAAAACAAAAGAUAUUGGCAUUUCUACAGUGAAUAGCUGGUGGGAGCAUCAGGAGCCCAGAGGGGCCGGGAUGCUGAGCUUCAGUCCUCAGACCAGUUGCCCGGGCAGACUGAGAAGUCCAGCGGGCUUUCUAUACCCUCAGUCUAGCUUGCAGCAGCAGGUAGAAGCGCCAAAAACAACUUCACACUCUCCACCAAAACCCCAGAGAGAGCUCCCUCCCCUCAGUACAACACCACACACACGGAUGACACUAGAGAUGUACACCCAGUUCACAUGGUGCAA